UUUCGUAUUCUUUGAUUAUUCUGUUUUCUUCGUACUCCUGCGGAAGUCAUCUCCUUUGUCACCUUAUCAAUCUCCUCCCCCGCGUAAUCCCUAACCCUGAAUUACUUCCGCAUUGAGGGCAAUCCCAUACAAUCGGAAUCCAUAUCCCUAGAUUUUCACCGAAUGAACCCCAAAAUUUGGCCGUAGAAUUUCUCCCGAUUGACAAUGAACCACUCCCUCUCUCCUCCACAUUCCCCCGACUCCUUCGACGGCGGAGGCGGCGCUGAAGACGACGCCGCAUGGUACGGAAACAUCCAGUACCUGAUCAACAUCUCAGCCAUCGGCGCCUCCUGCUGCGUUUUCAUCUUCCUCUUCGUGAAGCUCCGCAGCGACCACCAUCGGAUCCCGGGCCCCACCGCACUCGCCGCAAAGCUUCUCGCCGUCUGGCACGCCACGCGCCGUGAGAUCGCCCACCACUGUGGCGCCGACGCCGCGCAGUUCCUUCUAAUCGAAGGCGGCAGCUUCGCGCUGCUCUUGCCUAUCGCCGCGCUCUCGGUUUUCGUCAUGCUCCCCCUCAACCUCUUCACAGGAACGGCUCAGCUCCACGACCAGUUCUCCAAAACGACGAUUAAUAACAUCGAGAAAGGUUCGGUUUUACUGUGGGUGCACUUUCUUUUUGUCCUCGUUGUUGUCGUUUUGGUCCAUUUCGGUAUGUCUGCAAUCGAAGAACGGUUAAAGUUCACUAGGUUUAGGGACGGGAAUGGGAAUUUGAGUGAUCCCAGUGCGAAUUCGACAGCGAUUUUCACUAUAAUGGUGCAGGGAUUACCGAAAACUUUAGGGGACGAUAGGACCGUGUUGCAAGAGUAUUUUCAGUAUAGGUAUCCCGGGAAGGUAUAUAGGGUUAUCUUGCCGAUGGAUUUAUGUGCACUGGAUGAUUUAGCCACGGAAUUAGUUCGUGUUAGGGAUCAGAUUUCUCGUCUGGUUGCUCGAAUUGACUCUCAGGUUUUCCUUGGUGAGACCGAUGAUGUCGAAAAUGGAUGGGGUUCGGUGGUGAGAAAAGGGAAGGUCUUGUGGAGUCGGGUAAGGGAAAUGUUGGGUUUCACCGAUGAAGAGUGGCUGAGAAAGUUGCAAGAGUUGAGGGCUGAUUUGGAGACUGAACUGGCAGCUUACAAAGAAGGCCGAGCCCUGGGUGCGGGCGUUGCAUUCGUGAUGUUUAAGGACGUGUACACAGCGAAUAAAGCUGUUCAGGAUUUUCAGAACGAGAAGAAGAGGCGUUUUGGGAAGUUCUUUUCCAUUAUGGAAUUGCGUCUGCAGAGGAACCAUUGGAAGGUUGAGCGGGCUCCCUUGGCUACUGAUAUUUACUGGAAUCAUUUGGGAUCGACAAAGCUCCAGUUGAAUUUGCGGAGAGGGUUUGUAAACACGUGCUUGUUGUUGAUGCUUUUGUUCUUCAGUUCUCCUCUGGCUGUGAUUAGUGCUGUGAAGAGUGCUGGACGAAUAAUUAAUGCGGAAGCUAUGGAUAAUGCCCAAGUGUGGUUGGCUUGGGUGCAAAGCUCAAGCUGGCUUGCUAGCCUUAUCUUUCAGUUCCUGCCAAAUGUUAUUAUAUUUGUGAGUAUGUAUAUAGUAAUCCCAUCAGCUCUUUCAUAUCUCUCCAAGUUUGAACGGCAUCUCACUGUGUCAGGGGAGCAAAGAGCUGCACUUCUGAAGAUGGUUUGCUUCUUCCUGGUCAAUCUCAUUCUCCUGAGGGGCCUAGUUGAAUCAUCCUUAGAGAGUGCAAUCCUGGGGAUGGGACGGUGCUAUUUGGAUGGUGAGGAUUGUAAGAGGAUUGAGCAAUACAUGAGUGCAUCAUUCUUGACGAGAUCAUGCCUUUCCUCUCUUGCGUUUUUGAUCACGAGCACAUUGUUGGGCAUAUCGUUUGAUCUAUUAGCUCCAAUCCCUUGGAUUAAAAGGAAGAUUCAAAAGUUUAGGAAGAACGAUAUGCUCCAGCUGGUCCCAGAACAAAGUGAAGAGUACCCGUUAGAACAUCAAGAAAUAGAUGGUCUUAGGAGACCACUGAUGCCUGAGAGUAUGUAUGACAGUCCCAGAUUCAAUGGAGAUGAUCUACCGGGGCAAGAUCUUUAUGUGUAUCCAAUCAACAGAACAUCAGCUGCACCCAAGCAGUCAUUUGAUUUUGCACAGUAUUAUGCAUUUAAUUUGACAAUAUUUGCCCUGACCAUGAUAUAUUCUUCAUUUGCUCCACUUGUGGUCCCUGUUGGUGCAGUUUAUUUUGGCUAUAGGUAUGUGGUUGACAAGUACAACUUUCUGUUCGUAUAUAGAGUCUCGGGUUUUCCUGCUGGCAAUGACGGGAGGUUAAUGGAUACUGUAUUGUCCAUCAUGCGGUUCUGUGUAGAUCUAUUCCUGCUUUCGAUGCUCUUGUUCUUCUCUGUCCAAGGGGAUUCCACAAAACUGCAAGCUAUAUUCACGCUUGGGUUGUUAGUAAUGUAUAAACUAUUGCCUUCCGGUAAUGAUGGUUUUCAUCCAGCUCUUUUAGAAGGUAUACAAACUGUUGACAAUGUUGUAGAUGGGGCAAUUGAUUAUGAGGUAUUUUCACAGCCAAAGUUUGACUGGGAUACAUAUCACACGUGAGUGGAGCUGUUACACGAUGUAAUUAGUUAGAUGACUUAUGCAGAUGGGUCUCUGUUGGCCUUACUGAAUCUGGGGGAAAAAAAAGUAAAAGAAAAAUUAUUUCUCUGGUGUUCAAUAUUGUAAUUGCGCCACUGACUCCUUUUUGGAAUAUAUUGUAGAAGUUUCCCCUA